UUAAUUAAGAAUGGUUCAGAAGCUACCUGCUCUCUUGGCCACACAGAAUAAAUGAAGGAACAGGGGGAGGAGAAAAGGAGGAGGAGAGCACCUGAAAAAAAAAAACACGACAAAACACGACAUUCUCUGGGCUCUGAGUCAAGAGGAAAGGGUUUAUUUUCUUCUUUUUAGAAGGAACUUCAGUUGGAUCUGGAAUAGGCUUUGCAUCCUCCUUAAUUUCCCCGCAUACAGGAGAAUCCUUGUACUCUGAAGCUUGGAAUCAGAUUUGAGAGAAGUGACUGGUUAUUUUUUCCUCUACAUCAAUUCCAUUUCAGGUCAUGGCCAAACUGAAGCUGAUAAAGAAUCUUACCUGGAUUUCACUCAGUCUACCCCAUACCUGCAUUUGACACAGAGGCUAAGCUGUCUGGAUGCCUGUGCGUCAGAGAAGGUCUGAGAACACCACGACUGGGAACUUGCUGACAUGACAGCUCCCUGCUGGGAAUGACCUGCCAGGCUGGCCUCAGGAGGGGAGUUACCUGUGGCAAAGGUGCAUGCAGUGGCUUCCUAGGAGAAUACAGAAGCCCUGUGGAGGGUUGCAUACUGAAGCAUACAGGGACAUAGGUGGGACGCUGAAGCCCACACCAUGGCUUAUCAUCUCUUUGUGCCUCCUAAUGCUUGGAACUGGUUGCCGUUGCUGCUGCUGCUGGUAGUGGUGGUCUUCAGGUUUCCUGGUGCUGCCUGUGAUCUGAAUGUAUCUAGCAACUCCACUUCUCACUCUGAACCUAAGGCUCAUUUUGCUGCUGCUGCUGCUGCUGCUGCUGUUGCUACCACCGCUAGCUCUGAGCAGGAUGAGAGGCUGCCAGUUUUUUCUCUGGAUUAUGAUUAUGUGCAAAUUCCAUAUGAAGUGACCCUUUGGAUACUUCUUGCAUCCCUUGCAAAAAUAGGUUUCCAUCUCUAUCACAAGCUUCCAGGUCUUAUGCCAGAGAGCUGCCUCCUGAUCAUUGUUGGUGCUCUUGUGGGGGGUAUCAUCUUUGGCACUGAUCACAAAUCUCCACCUGUAAUGGAUUCAAGCAUUUAUUUCCUGUACCUCCUUCCACCCAUUGUCCUUGAAGGGGGCUACUUCAUGCCCACCCGGCCCUUUUUUGAGAACAUUGGCUCCAUCCUAUGGUGGUCGGGGAUGGGGGCCCUUUUGAAUGCUUUUGGCAUUGGCCUCUCCCUCUACCUGAUAUGCCAGGUCAAGGCUUUUGGCCUCAGUGAUGUCAACUUGCUUCAGAAUCUGCUCUUUGGGAGUAUGAUCUCUGCGGUGGACCCGGUGGCGGCAGUACUGGCAGUAUUUGAGGAGGCUCAUGUGAAUGAGCAGCUAUACAUGAUGAUCUUUGGAGAGGCCCUGCUCAAUGAUGGGAUAAGUGUGGUGUUAUACAAUAUCUUAAUUGCCUUCACGAAGAUGCAUAAAUUUGAAGACAUAGAACCUGUCGACAUUUUGGCUGGAUUUGCCCGGUUUAUUGUGGUAGGGGUUGGGGGGGUGUUUUUUGGCAUCAUCUUCGGCUUCAUUUCUGCCUUUAUCACACGUUUUACACAGAACAUUUCUGCAAUUGAACCACUGAUCGUCUUCAUGUUCAGCUACUUGUCUUAUUUAGCUGCUGAAACACUCUACCUCUCUGGCAUCCUGGCGAUCACAGCUUGUGCCGUGACAAUGAAAAAGUAUGUGGAAGAAAAUGUGUCACAGACCUCCUACACCACCAUCAAAUACUUCAUGAAGAUGCUGAGCAGUGUCAGUGAGACCCUGAUCUUCAUCUUCAUGGGAGUGUCGACAGUGGGAAAAGACCAUGAGUGGAACUGGGCCUUUGUCUGCUUCACCCUGAUCUUCUGCCAGAUUUGGAGAGCAAUAAGUGUAUUUGCUCUCUUCUAUGUCAGUAACCAGUUUCGGACUUUUCCCUUCACCGUCAAGGACCAGUGUAUUAUCUUCUACAGUGGGCUUAGAGGAGCUGGGAGUUUUUCACUUGCAUUUUUGCUGCCCUUGUCUCUGUUUCCUAGGAAGAAAAUGUUUGUGACAGCCACUCUUGUUAUUAUAUAUUUUACUGUAUUCAUUCAGGGAAUGACCAUUGGCCCUUUGGUCAGAUAUCUAGAUGUGAAAAAGACCAACAAAAAGGAAUCCAUCAAUGAAGAGCUUCAUACCCGUCUGAUGGACCAUUUGAAGGCUGGAAUUGAAGAUGUGUGUGGACAGUGGAGCCACUACCAAGUGAGAGACAAGUUUAAGAAGUUUGACCACAAAUACUUACGGAAAAUUUUGAUACGAGAGAACCAGCCCAAAUCGAGCAUUGUUUCAUUGUAUAAGAAGCUGGAAAUGAAACAGGCUAUUGAGAUGGUGGAGACUGGGAUUCUAAGUACCACAGCCUUUAUGAUUCCCCUCCAGGCACAGAGAAUUCAAGGAACCAAAAGGCUUUCCCCUGAGGAUGUGGAAUCCAUGAGGGACAUUCUGACACACAACAUGUACCAAGUUCGACAAAGGACCCUGUCCUACAAUAAGUAUAACCUGAGAACAGAAACAAGUGAGAAACAAGCAAAGGAAAUUCUAAUUCGUCGCCAACAUACCUUCAGGGAAAGUCUAAGGAAAGGCAACAGCUUGCCAUGGGGAAAGCCGAGUGGCAUCAAAAAUAUCCGCUACCUCUCCUUCCCUUAUAGCAACCCUCAUUCAGCAAACAGAGAAACAGGGACUGGUGUUUUUACAGAUGAUGAUAGCAGUGAUGCAAUCUUCUUUCCAGUUACAUUUAAACCACAUGGUCGAACAGGGUCACUUCAAGAAAGAAGACAGCAGCCAGAGAUGAUUCCAAUGGAGAGGUUGCGUAGAGGGGGGAGAUCUUUAAACUUGGGUGGCCAAAGAAGUGCUGCCCGAGGAGACCAAAUGAGCAGAGUAAGGCCUCCUUUAAUACCAAAACCACAGUUUCAUGCAGUGGAUGAGGAGUAUGAAUCGGGAGAAGAAGAAGAGGAAGAAACAAGAGUAGUGGGACCUAGAUGGACAGCAGAACCUAGAAAUGGAAAAGAAUACCACAAAUCCCAUAGUCCUCUGCUCCCAAGAAAAUAAUGUUGUUCUCUGUAAGACUUUGCCUUCCUCUCCAGCAAGUUAGUCUUCUGCAUUUUACUUGUCACUUUGAAAAAGGAAUUUUCAGAGUUUUGAGGAGGACAAUUAGGUUGGGUUUGCUUUCCCAAGCUAAGGAAAAGAUUAGAUAGGUAUCUGUGAAGGCAGAAGAAAAACUAUCUGUGGAAAGGUCAGCAAAGUCAUGUUUUGGAACUCUGACUAUUAACUAAGCAAGUUGAACCAUAUUCUUAGCUGACACAAUUUUGUGGGAGAAUUCCUAAUGGGUGGUAAGAGAUAAUUAUUCUGAAGGCAAUUAACUACUAAGAAUCACCAUAAAGUGGUAUAGCAUGAGACUCCAAUCCAUGCUAGAUAAUUCAGGUAAAUGAGUGGUGUGUGCUGUCCCAUAUGAAUGUGUAGCUUUUAACUGUGUGCUCUGGUGUAUUUACCACUUGGACAUUCAUUAUACAGUCUCCUAUUUCUGGAGUAGAUAAAUCCAUAGAAUCAAAAAUUUAAAAAGUUGUUAUUACUUUGUAACAUUUACUCAAUACUAAUAACAGGUAAUACAUAGACCAUAGGACUAGUCUCUGUGAAGUGAAUUUGUAAUAUACAGUGUGACCAAAACCUGAUGUUUCAAGCCUCAAAAGCAAACAAGUUUCCAUAUCAUUAUCAUUCCAGUUGAAUGUUUGAAUAUCAUCAUUGAAACAAGGACAUUGGCUGAGUGUUAUCUUUGUGUAGUAUACUCAGCAAGGCAUUGGGAAGACAGAAGAUCAUCUAGUCCAACAACCAUAUUUUACAGAUGAGAAAACUGAGGCCUGGAAAAGUGAAGAUAUUUGCCCAAUAAAGUGCAGAUGUCCUGAACUCCUGCCCCAUGCUCUUACAAAGCAGUCCCUGUCCCCAAGGAGCUAAUAAUCUCAUAUAGGACAUAGAUGCCAGUCAUCAUUCAAUCAGUGGAUAACAAAAUAGGAUUUGUCUAUUUUUUUUUUUGCCACACUAAUAGUUCUUAUUUAGCCUUAUAGAAAGCAUCCAACUCAGGGCAAUGUUCUGGUCACAUCAGUAUAACUCUUCAUUUAAAAAAAAAUGCCCAUUAAUCAUAUCUAUAAUACUGGUUCUGAAAAGUAAUGCUUUAUUGAAAAAUCUCUCUGAAACUUUUCUUGAUUUUUUCUUUUUGGCAAUUGGGUUUAAGUGACUUGCCCAGGGUCACACAGCUACUAAG